GGCAAAUAUUAACCUAAAUAAGAAUAUAAAUAUAAACAUAAACAUUCAUUGAAAUAAUCAGGUUGUAAUUAGUUUUUGAUAAGCGUAAAAUCGUUGUAUGUUAUCAUUUAAUGGUAAUUAUGAUUAUGAAUUGAAUUUUAUCUUACAAUUAGUGUUUUAAAAUAAAAAUUUUGAUGUGCCAGCAAAACAGAACAUUAGAAAACACUAGAUAUGGUUAUUCAGUUAGUAAUCUACUACUUAUUUUAAUGUUAAUGUAUUAGCAUAUGCAUUAUUAUACAUACCUAUAUUUUAAUCAAAACCAUAUGGAACAAAAGUUAAGAUUGCAAUUGUGAUUGAAUAAUAAUAAUGCCGAAUCAAACAAGACAGGUUACCACCUAUUCUACAUUGGCUGGUUUAGUGUACAUUUUUAAUUUAAUCGUUGGUACUGGAGCCCUGACCCUCCCUGCUGGAUUUUACAGUGGAGGAUGGGUUUUAGGAACAAUUUUGCUUGUGAUCUUUGCAUUUGCAAGUUACAUCAACAGCACUUUUGUGAUUGAAAGUAUUGCCUGCGCAAAUGCGACACAUACAUGGAGAUAUAUACAGUCCCACAAAAUUGAUGAGGAGUGCGAGGCAUAUCUUGAUUCAGAUGAGGCAGAAGAAGUGGAUGUGAAUGAAGAAACUGCAAUAAUCUAUAGACCUACUGGUCGUUUCUAUUCAAUGACCAAGCAGUUCGAAUUGGGACAAAUUGCCAAAUUGUAUUACAACAGAACUGGUCAAGUAUUGUUUUACAUUGUUUUAUGCGUUUAUUUAUACGGAGACUUGAGCAUAUACGUUGCAGCCAUAGGACAGACUCUGACAGACAUUACGUGUGGAAUCAACAGCACUAACAUUACAUUUGCAGAUGUUUGCAGUGAAUCAAUCCCAAUGGCCAAAGAGAAAGUUUAUCAUGUUUGGCUGAUAGUAUUUAUAGGACUUAUUGGUCCGUUUUCGUUUUUCCAUGUAAAAAAGAUGCUUUAUUUACAAAUUUUUACAGUAAUACUUAGGGGAACGGCCUUUUUUCUCAUGAUAGUGUAUUCAAUUUUCGAAUUGACACUUUAUGGUAGGCGGGGGUUUCCGCUACAGGCGAGUCUCAUAGGGACACCGGCCUUAUUAGGCGCCACAGUGUACAGUUUCAUGUGUCAUCAUUCGCUUCCCGGUCUCGUAGGGCCCUUGGCCAAAAAAGAACUCGUCAACAAGCACAUUGCUUUAGACACGGUAAUAAUUGCCAUCUUUUAUCUCCUCCUCUCCCUGACGGGUAUCUUUGCUUUUAGUGUUGUACAGGAUUUGUACACUUUGAAUUUUAUCCCAAAUCCCAACGAUAGUUUUGCGUAUAAGGUGAUGGGCUAUUUUAUAGGGUUAUUCCCCGUUUUCACAUUAUCUUCUAGUUUUCCAAUACUUGCGAUAACGUUGCAGAGCAACCUGAAAGCUUUAUUUUUAGACGUCGAACGAAUCGAGACGUAUAACUUUGUUUUGAGACGUCUUUUGUUUCCGACUGUUGCGAUAUUACCCCCGAUUGUUUUGGCGUUUGUCACGCACGAUUUAAAAAUGCUCGUGGGAUUCACAGGCGCUUACGCAGGCGCAGGAAUACAAUAUGUAAUUCCGGCAACGUUGGUUUAUUGCGCCAGGCAACGUUGCAAGGCUGAUUUAGGGUCGGCGAUUGCCAACAAAUUUUCUAGCCCUUUCAAAGGUAAUAAGUGGAUUUAUUUCGUUAUUGCGUGGUGUUUUCUGUGCGUCCUUUGCGUUACCAUUAAUAUUAUUCGGUCUUUUUAAUUUUUAAUAAAUUCGAUUAGUCUAAUCACUUUUAAAGGAAUUUAUUUACAUAUUAUAUUAUGCAAGUACAAAUAUUGUAUGUUUUAUUUUAAAAUUAUGUAUUUCUAUAUAUUAACAGUAAUUUUUGCUGUCCACUGUAAGUGUGUAAGAUUAUUAACUUAAAAUUAGAGUUAAUUAAUGAGCUACUAAAGAAUAAUGUAAUAUGUAAUACUAAUAUGUAUAUGACGGUAUUUUUUAACAAGACUGAAUUUUAUAUAUAUUUUUAUACAACUUUACCAAAUAUUUUUAUAGUAAUGUGUAUCUACAGUUACUGUUAAAAUUAAGCAAUAGAAAGAGUCCUCCGUUUUGUUAACCUUGUUAAACGGGUUUAUAUGUGUAUGAGUAUGUGUAUCUCUAUUAAUUGGUUGUCUGUAGAGUUAUUUAAUAAAAAUAAUAUAAUUUUU